GCUCCGCGAAGAUACGGUCACACUUUCCGGAGCUCCAAUUUCGGCUUCUCUCAUCGAGUCCUAUACGACGGAAAAGUAGUAGCCUUUAUUUUGCGAGCAACCCCCAGUGCGUUUUGUGCUUUGUGACCUGGUGCAAAUAGAGUUUCUGCUACAAACGAGAAUAGACGAAAACUUGGUCGUGCACGGGGAUCACAGCAAGAGAUUUUGAAUUUCCCAGCGGUAUCUUCGAGUUUUUUAUCAAAAAUUUUCCCAUUUUUGUGAUAUUUUCGAGAACAUUUUACUGCCUGACGGUUACGAACGCUUUUCCUUCAUUUCCGUUGCAAUUAUGAGCGCUUUCGUGAUACUGAUUUUACAGUUGAUGCUGAAAUCGACGAAUGGUCAAUUUGGGGGAGGCGGGGGAGGACCCAGUACUUUCGGAUACGAUGGAUCGUCGGCGUGCAGCAAACCGUACUCGAGAAGCGGUCGGGCGCGUUUUGAGAAAUUACCGUGUGACUUUCGUCGACAAAAUUGGUGCACCGUUGCUGGAAGUGCGUAUCCCUGGCACGCGGUCCGUCGUUUCGUGCAAGAGAAUCAGGGCUUGAUGAGGCGGAUGUACGGUGACGAAAGACACAUAAAUAUAUUGAAAGCUGAGUUGGAAAAAAACGACAUAGAAUUGGAAUACGAAGAUCGCUAUCACAGAUACGCGGAAGAUUCGAGAGGAUUUCAGUACGAGGACGAGUACGAGUUCGUGAAUCUCGAAAAUGAGAAUAAUUCGAUGGAGGAUGAGUUACCGAGAAGAAGUAGGAGUUUUGAUGAGACGAACACAGAGAGAGGUAGAAAAUAUAGAAAAACGUCGAGGGCAAAGACACGCUCGGCCGAGUCAACGACAUUCCCGAAUUUAUCGAAUUCAGGAUCGACCACUACGGAUUCUCAAACUCUAACAACUCCGGGAAACACUAAAACCACUGUGAAUAGUGUCGAAAGCGAAUCGGAAAAAUCAUCAACGUUUGCCUCAACCCUGGGUACUUCGACUUCGCAGCCGAAAGAGAAUGAAAAUUCGUCGAGGAACGCGGAGAAAAUAGCUUCGAUCGCUCCCGCUGUGACCCUCGCCGAUUUGGCAAAAAUAAGGAAUUCCAGCAUCAAUGAAAUUCCAGGACAAUCGGAGAGUUUGAAAAAUCAUGGAAUCUUUGACAGUACCGAAUUACCCACAUUUUCGGAAUCACCCACGAGUUCGGAAAAUACUACCGAAAGCAUUAAUCCUUCCACCCCUAAAUCCAUUUCCGUAUCAACCUCCUCAUCCUCUUCGACCCCAACGAUCGAUCGUAUCGAUAAUUCUUCCCUCGAAGAUCAAGACUUUGCCGCGAGUGAACAAGAAAAUCAUCAGCACUUCCGGCCGAGACCCGAAUACAAACCCACCGAGUCGAAACCCGUGACUCCUCACGUCGAGGCGCAAUUAUUUCAAGACGUUGCCACCAAGGAGGAUCAACAGGAACAACCAGUCCUCAAACUUCGAGGAAUAAACGCCUGUCCGGUUAAGGAAGAAGUUGUCGCUCCUUUCUGGGCAAACAACACCCGUGGCGAAGUUCUUGCGCUUUUGAACUUGUAUCCUUUCGAGCAGUACGUUCACUGGGAAAAAUGCACGCACGAAAACAAGCAAAUGUAUUGUCGAGACGGAUGCAAGUGCGAGCAGCAGUAUCGAUUGCACAGAUUGUUGGCCUACGACCCGAAUAACGAAUGUCGUGGAAUAUUCAGCGAUUGGUUCAAAUUUCCGAGUUGCUGCGUUUGUCGGUGCUACGAUCUUCCCAUCGAAUUUCGAGUCACAUCGCGCUCACCGAGGGUUCACAAACAAAAACUGAGACUUCGACCGCCGGGAACGCAUGGCCGAGCUUGAAAAACAUUCUCAGAUCAAAAGAGUGAGUGCGCGUGUGUGUGUGUGCGUGUGUGUGUGCGCGCGCGCGAACUAAUAAGAAUGUGUAAAUAUUGCAAGACAUACGAGAUUGCAAAUCGCACGUGUAUCAUUUGAUCGAAUAGAAAUGACGUUUUACCAAAACUAAAUCUGACAUCUGGACAUGGUUUUGAUCCGUUUGACAUGAUUAUAAAUAUUUUCACAAGGCUAGUGAUUUAUAAGAUUAUUUAUCUCAUAGGAAAAACGUAUAAAAGCUAAACUCACUUACGAUAGGACAAAGGGAGAAAGGACGAUAAGCAUAUGUAUACGUGCUCGUAGUGUACGCCAUUUAUCGUUUAUUUAAUCUCAUCGUUCGAAACAACUUUAUAUACAUAGAGAUAAUAUUUAUAAUAGAUACAGGCACGCGUUUCUGUGUCUUCGACGAUCGUUUCUUCUCUUAUCUCUUUUUCUCCCGUUGAGGGUUCGUUAAAAUGUGAGAAAUACAGUAGGUAAAGUUCGGAUAACGUUGCUAAUGAAUAUUUCAUUAAUAUACUAAAGCUGCCUACGAGUCGCCACUCUUUCAAAGAUUUGCACAAAGAAUUGCUUAAAGUCUCACUAAACGAAAAUAAAUAUCAAUAAAUUCGUCA